AUGACAUUUAUAAAUUUUGCUUGUCAUUCAAUCUCGUUAGUUGCCGACCGAUUAUUUGCAUUUUCUAACAUAACUCUGGAUUUUAAUAACUUUUUAUUGUUAAAUCCUUAUUUUUAAACCGGUUCCCAGUAGCAAUCAUCAUGAGUUCAAUUGGAACAGGCUACGACUUGUCGGCAUCACAGUUCUCCCCCGACGGCCGAGUGUUUCAAGUGGAGUAUGCCGCUAAAGCGGUUGAAAAUUCCGGCACAGUGAUUGGUUUACGCGGUAAGGAUGGAGUGGUCUUCGCCGUCGAGAAGCUCGUCACAUCAAAACUGUACGAGCCUGGCGCUAACAAGAGAAUUUUCCACAUCGACGAGCAUGUUGGCAUGGCAGUAUCUGGUCUCAUAUCUGACGCACGGCAAAUAGUAGAGACAGCCCGCUCCGAGGCGUCGAGCUACAGAUCGCAGUACGGAGUGUCCGUCCCUCUCAAGUACUUGAAUGAGAGAGUGUCCAUGUACAUGCACGCAUACACCCUGUACAGUGCUGUGAGGCCGUACGGGUGCUCCGUGGUGAUGGGAUCCUGGUCUGAAAAUGACGGCCCUCAGAUGUACAUGCUUGACCCUAGUGGAGUGUCAUUUUCCUACUUUGGAUGUGCAGUUGGGAAAGCCAAGCAAGCAGCUAAAACAGAAAUUGAAAAGUUGAAGCUUGCCGACCUGACUGUCAAGGAUCUGAUCAAAGAAGCAUCCAGAAUAAUCUACCUGGUCCACGACGAACUUAAAGACAAGCAGUUUGAGCUGGAACUCUCAUGGGUGUCGAAGGCCACCAAGGGUCGUCACGAGCUGGUGCCUCGGGAGCUGGCGGCCGAAGCGGAAAACCUCGCCAAGCAAGCCCUGGCCGAUAUCGAAGACUCUGAUGAUGCUGACAUGUAAUCGGUACUUUUUAGUUCAUUAUACUUUUUUUGUAAGGAAA